CACGGUCUCUGGCUCACACGCUUUUAAUCUAUAAAGCAUUUGCAUCCAAGGACCGAAACAAAGACAUAUCCUCAUGACUUGAGCUGUGAGACGGGUCCCCAAGUCGUGAAAAUGAGUUUCUUUGGAAGACUGAAGAACCUACCUCCAGCUCCUCCUAGGAGGACGGAUAACAAUGCAGCAUAUGGGUGGCCGGAGGAUGAAUUUGAUGAUGACAACGACAUGUAUGAAGCUCCUCCCUGUGAGCGACCGGCUGUCAAAGUGCCACCGAGAGCAGUGGAGGAGAACGUUUAUCUGGAGAGGACUUCCAAACCCGGUGUAACACCGAGACAGGUUGCACCUCCACCCAGACCGAGCAAAUCCUCGGAUGCCGUCAGCAGACCACCUGAGGUCAUUAGAAGUGAUAAGCCAGGGAAGAAGAAGAUGCCGCUUCAGACAGUCCCUGUAGAGGAAGAUGUGUACCUGGAUCCAACUGAAGAACCGGACGACGAUGAUGACCUUUAUUUAGAACCAGAAGCAGCUUGCUCUCCUCCCCCGCGUGGGCCCAUGAAGAUGCCUCUGUCUCCCAGGACACCGGCACCUGCUCAAAUACCCUUGAAGAAGCCUUCAAUCCCCAGAGAUAAGUCUAAUUUUGUUUUGCCUCCAUUAGAGGACAGAAAAAGAGGUCCUUCGGCAGAAGAAAAACGUCCCACUUUUGCAAAGCCCCCUCCACCAAUUCCUGGUGCUAAGCCACAUCUGCCAGCGAACCUGAAGGAACCUAAAGCCAGCCCUCCAAAUCCCCCAAUACCAGACACCAAGCCUGUGGCCUCCUAUGGUGGUAUGAGGGUAACCAGACAUAACAGCCUGGAGGAUAGAGAAUGGUUUGCUGGUGACUGCAACAGAAAGACAGCAGAGGAUCUCUUACAGAGAAUCAACAAGGACGGUGCCUUUCUCAUCCGAUACAGCUCUGCCCAGAGCACGCACCAGCCCUACACCCUUGCCGUGCUUUACCAGCAGAAGGUGUACAACGUUCCCAUUCGCUUCCUGGUGGAAACUAAAGCCUAUGCCCUUGGAAAGGAAGGCAAAAAGAACGAAGAGACUUUCAACAGCCUGGAUGAAAUGAUUUCUUACCACAAGAAUAACCAAUUGCUGCUGAUUGACAGCAGGAGCCAGGCCAAGCACACAGCACAUUUAACCCACCCUGUAUGCACUUAAAACUACACUGUAACAACCUGUUCAGACGAAUCACGAGGAUAAUGGCACAGUCACUUACUGCAGGGCUGCUGGGUGUCAAUCCCAGAAAUGUAGUUUCGUCUUUAUGGAAUCUAUAACACAGCAAAAGUACUUUUUUUCAUUUUAAAUAAGGGAAAGGAGACAGGGUAACUUUCAGUGCACCGAGUGGUCGAAAAUCCUCAGUGACACACUGCCUCAAGAUAGCAUGUUCAGAGCUCGUCAGCUUCUGUGCCUGUUUGCACCAUAUUGUCAUAGUAAUGAGUAGUUAACUGUUGAUGGUAGGCUCUUGCUGUGAGGAUGUUUAGCCUUACUGUCAUCACUUUUAAAAAUACAAAAGCUAAAGUUCUGCUCUUAUGAUGCAUUAAAAUGUCUCAAGAGCUUCACAGAAUGCAGCUAAUGUCUAUCUAUCUAUCUAUCUAUCUAUCUAUCUAUCUAUCUAUCUAUCUAUCUA